CUGAUUGUAAAUUUCUUCAAUUAGUUCAUGGAAUCAAAGCUCCCACCAGUGAAUAUUUUUGUCUUUGUUGUGAUUGUUCAAAGUUUCAAAGAGCAAAUAUGAAUAUUCAAUGGAGUAACACUUAUAAUACAAAAAAACAAAGUUUUAAUUAUGAUUGUUUAUUGCCUAUGUUUGAUCAUAAAAACUGGAUACCAGAUGAGUUGCACUUAAUGCUUAGAAUCAGUGAUAUAUUAUUAGAAUGUUUAUUUUCAGAUCUUUGUAGAAAUUUAAAAAAAUUUGAAAAUGAGAUGGCUAAUAGAAUAAUCAAAGAAACCAGAAGAAUUGGAAUAACCAAAUUUGAAUUUUAUGAUUUAAAAAGUUCUAUGGAUCAGAUAAAUUGA